AUGCCUGAAUCCGUGUCAAAACCGCAAACUCUCUACGAUAAGGUGCUCUCCAAGCACAUUGUCGAUGAGAAGCUCGAUGGAACUCUCCUGCUCUACAUCGAUCGCCAUUUGGUCCACGAAGUCACCUCUCCCCAAGCUUUUGAGGGUCUCAAGAAUGCCGGCCGCAGCGUCCGCAGACCAGACUGCACCCUCGCCACCACCGACCAUAAUGUCCCGACCACGUCCCGCAAAGGCAUGAAGGACAUUGCCACCUUCAUCGAGGAAGACGACUCCCGGACACAAUGCGUCACCCUCGAGGAGAACGUCAAGGAUUUCGGCCUGACUUAUUUUGGCCUCGGCGACAAGCGCCAGGGCAUCGUGCACGUCAUCGGUCCGGAGCAGGGCUUCACCCUACCUGGCACGACCCUGGUGUGCGGCGACUCGCACACGUCGACGCACGGCGCCUUUGGUUCGCUCGCCUUCGGCAUCGGCACCAGCGAGGUCGAGCACGUCCUGGCGACGCAGUGUCUCAUCACUAAGCGUAGUAAGAACAUGCGCAUCCAGGUCGACGGCGAACUCGCACCCGGCGUCAGCUCCAAGGACGUCGUCCUCCACGCCAUCGGCAAGAUCGGCACCGCCGGCGGCACCGGCGCCGUCAUUGAGUUCUGCGGCUCCGUUAUCCGCGCCCUCAGCAUGGAGGCCCGCAUGUCCAUCUGCAACAUGUCCAUCGAGGGCGGCGCGCGCGCCGGCAUGGUCGCCCCCGACGACGUCACCUUCGAGUACCUCAAGGGCCGCCCCCUCGCGCCGCGCUACGACUCGGAAGAGUGGCACCGCGCCGUCGCUUACUGGCGCGCGCUGCAGUCGGACCCCGGCGCGCAGUACGACAUUGACGUCUUCAUUGACGGCAAGGACAUUGUGCCCACCAUCACCUGGGGCACCAGCCCCGAGGAUGUCAUUCCCAUCACCGGCGUCGUGCCGGACCCCGAGACGUUCGCGACCGAGUCCAAGCGCGCCGCCGGCCGGCGCAUGCUCGAGUACAUGGGCCUCACCGCCGGCACCCCGCUCGAAGAGAUCCCCGUCGACAAGGUCUUCAUUGGCUCGUGCACCAACUCGCGCAUCGAGGACAUGCGCGCGGCCGCCGCCGUCGUCCGCGGCCGCCACAUCGCGCCCAACGUCAAGCGCGCCAUGGUCGUCCCCGGCUCCGGGCUCGUCAAGAAGCAGGCCGAGGACGAGGGCAUCGACCAGGUCUUCCUCGACGCCGGUUUCGAGUGGCGCGAGGCCGGCUGCAGCAUGUGCCUCGGCAUGAACCCAGACAUCCUCAGCCCCAAGGAGCGCUGCGCCAGCACGUCCAACCGCAACUUUGAGGGCCGCCAGGGCGCCGGCGGCCGCACCCACCUCAUGUCCCCCGUCAUGGCCGCCGCCGCCGGGAUCGUCGGCAAGCUCACCGACGUGCGCAAGCUCACUGACUACACCACCAGCCCUCACGCCGCGGCCAGCCAGCCGCCCGCCACCGCCGGAGCCGUCGGCAAGCCCCAUCCCGACGAGCGCAUCGCCGACGACGCCGCGGAGCGCGAGGCCCUCGCCGACCAGCCCGAGGAUAACCUGCCCCACACCAACACCGAGGCGGCUGCCGCUGCCGCCGCCACCAGCACCGAUGGUGCCGGCGCCGGCGCCGGCCUCGCCAAGUUCCUGACCCUCAAGGGCAUCGCGGCACCCCUCGACAUGGCCAACGUCGACACCGAUGCGCUCAUCCCCAAGCAGUUCCUCAAGACCAUCAAGCGGACCGGCCUCGGCAGCGCGCUCUUCAACGCGCUGCGCUACAACGAGGACGGCUCCGAGAACCCGGCCUUUGUGCUGAACCGGGAGCCCUACCGCGCCGCCAAGAUCCUCGUGUGCACCGGGGAAAACUUUGGCUGCGGCUCCUCACGCGAGCACGCCCCCUGGGCGCUGCUCGACUUUGGCAUCAAGGCCGUCGUCGCGCCGUCCUUUGCCGACAUCUUCUUCAACAACAUGUUCAAGAACGGGAUGCUGCCGAUCGCGGUGCCCGUGCAGGCGGACCUCGACGCCGUAGCGGCCGAGGCCCGCGCCGGGCGCGAGGUCGAGGUCGACCUGCCCAAUCAGGUGCUGCGCACCGCCGCCGGCGACGCCAUCUGCCGCUUCGACGUGGAGGAGUUCCGCAAGCACUGCCUAGUCAACGGCCUCGACGACAUUGGUCUCACCAUGCAGAUGGAGGACAAGAUUGCGGCGUUUGAGCGCCGCAUGACGGAGGUGACGCCCUGGCUGGACGGAUCCGCGUACCUGCGCCGCAAGGGCCAGGGCGGCAAGCUGGCGGCCAAGGCGGUGCCGGUGACCAAGACGAACCGCGGCGAGCCCAUCAGCGAGCCCCUCGAUUGGUGA